AUGGCACAUCCAAAACGACCGCGAGCACCAGAAUGGUUGUAUGAUGGAGAAGAAAAGUGGACCGUUUCUCCAAAGCCAGAGCGCUUGCCAUUGGGAAGAGCCAAUUCAGAUGAAUUUAAACCCCGCAGUCCAAGUUCGUGAGCGCGGACCUGGAUACCAACAUGAGGCUAGAAUCAGACAACGAAACAAUCUGGCGCCGGGUGGGAGUACAGUUCAUGACUACAAGUCUUCUCGAGAUCACUCCAGACACAAUCCACGCCGCUUCGAAAGAGAUCCCUCCUCACGACCAAGAGAUGAAGUCUCACAUCCACUUCCUCCUCCUCCCAAAAGACCUCGGGCAGAUAAAUUUCACCCCGGUGGUCGAUCAGGCCUUCCUGCUUCCUUAUUUUCUGCUCCGACUGGGCAUUUCCAUGGCCAACGCGAUCCCAGAGGAGGACAAAAGAAUCGGGAGCCAACCCCACCGCGUCGUCAACCUUCAUCCAAUGGUCCAAGCGAGUGUGAAGAGAUAGAGCAAGCUCGAAAACCAGCACAACCGCCGAAUAAACGACCCUCCCCGGACCAGCAAAAUGAUGUUGACCAGGAGCAGAAGCAUACCGACGUGCGGGUUCAAGCAGAAGCCAGCCAUCAUAAUGUGAGAAGCACUGGUGUAUCACCUUCAAAAGAUGCAAUUAGGCAAUUAGUCCAGCUCAAGCCUGCUUUGGAAGUAUGCAUAAAGAUUAUAGAGCAUGCCCUUGAAGGGAUCAAAAGUUUGCAGCAAUCAUCCGAAUGGGGGUUAAGUGAGCAGCCUAACACAUCGCAUCAGACAGCUAAUGAAGUUCUUGGCCCUGUGCAUAAAACUUUAGAACCAGACGAUCCCGGGUUUCGUAGUACUGGUGUAAGCAGUGAUGAUGGACUGUUAUCACCACAAGUAUCAAUCAAGACACCCGCCCCGACACCAGGUUUGUACGAGGUGUUCUAUGAUUCAAUCAUCAAUGAAUUGAGCAGGAACGAUAACAAGCAAUAGGCAAUACUUCUGCUGUCUUGCAUACGUAGAUGCGGUGGCUGUGAGGAGUGUUGCUGUGUAGAAAAUGGACUACUUUAGCAUCCUUGAAUGAAAGGCAUCCCUCCUGAGACCUCGGUGAGCAAUAAAGAG